AUGAAUCGGACUCACCUUCUAUUAGUGGCAAUAUUAAUAUUGACCGUCUUCGCUCGUCGCAAGCAAAGUGGUCGAGACGAUGGGAACAAGAAUCGACUGGGCAUGGGAGCGAUUCAGAACUGGGAUGAAGAGGAAGAACUCCCAUUCAGCGACACACAAUAUGUGCCUUUAACUCAAGUACCAGUGGUUAGUACUAGUACUGUAGGGAAUUUGUGAGUUUUCAAUUGUUUUUGAUGUUUUAGGUAACAAAAUAAUCAUUUCUGAUGUUUUGGGUGUCAAAAAUGAAUUUUUUUUUAAUUUUAGGUAACAAAACGACAGUUUUCGACUGUUUAGGUAUCAAAAAUGUUGUUUUUGAAUUUUAGGUAUCAACAUGUUUAUUAUUUGCUGUGUUAUAUAACAAAAUGGCUAUUUUUUUCAAUUUUAGGUAACAAAAUAGCCAUUUUUGGUGUUUUAAGUAUCAAAAAAAAAUUUUUUUUGUAUUUUAGAUAUCAAAAUAGUAAUUUAUGAUGUCUUAGGCAACAAACUGGUUAAUUUUGAUAGUUUAGGUAACAAGAACAGCUUUUUUUUUCAAUUUUAAGGUAACAAAAUGACAAUUUUUGGUAUUUUAGAUAUGAAAAAUGAAGUUUUUUUGAAUUUGAAAUUAAAAGCAAAGUUUUUAAAAUUUAAUUUUCUAGAAAUGCAAUGUACCCUCAAAUUUUAACUCAACCAGUCACAAAUCAGCAAACCACAACUAUUACAACCUUACCUCCAAAGCUUACAACUCCAGAAGAGCCAGAAACAACCGAAGUGCCUCGAGAUGACAAAGCUACUAUACCAAGUAAGUAGAUCCUUGGCCCUGAGUCUUAGCUCAGAACCCUAAGCCACAGCUCUAGUCCACAGACCUGGCUUAGAGCCCUAGUCCAGAUUCCUAUUUCAGGACCCUAGUCCAGAGCCCUAGCUCAGGACCCUAGUCCAGAGCCCUAGCCCAGGACCCUAGUCCAGAGCCCUAGCCCAGGACCCUAGUCCAGAGCCCUAGCCCAGGACCCUAGUCCAGAGCCCUAGCCCAGGACCCUAGUCCAGAGCCCUAGCCCAGGACCCUAGUCCAGAGCCCUAGCCCAGGACCCUAGUCCAGAGCCCUAGCCCAGGACCCUAGUCCAGAGCCCUAGCCCAGGACCCUAGUCCAGAGCCCUAGCCCAGGACCCUAGUCCAGAGCCCUAGCUCAGGACCCUAGUCCAGAGCCCUAGCCCAGGACCCUAGUCCAGAGCCCUAGCCCAGGACCCUAGUCCAGAGCCCUAGCCCAGGACCCUAGUCCAGAGCCCUAGCCCAGGAUCCUAGUCCGGAGCCGUAGCUUUGACUUGCCCUGUCCUGUUCUACCCGGCCCUGUUUGGCCCCAGCCUUAGUUCCGCCUUGCUCCUCAUUUUUUUUGCUAUGGCCUGGCUUGUCCUGCCCAAAAGACUUUUUAAAUUUAUAAAUCUAAAACAAGUUAAGUACAGCUUUGGAGCUCACAAACAAGACCAUUCUAUGGAUUGACGCGACUUACAAAGCCGUUGAUCAAGGCAUGAACUUGUCCACUCUGGCCGAAUGUAAACCUUGGUUUGAGUAUUGGAAAGGCAAUGUUACCGUAAGAUUUUUAAAAAGCAGUGCUACAGUAAGAAAUUUAAAAGCGAUGUUACAGUAAGAAUAUUGGUCAAAAAAGGCAUUUUUAAUAAAUUUUAAAAUUUAAUUUUUAUUUAAUUUUAGUUAAACUCAACAGAUUCAGAAGCGGCCGAAAAAUCAUUUUCAAAAACCUCAACAACGACGGAGGCUUCAGAAUCUUCGGAAGAAUCAGAACCCGUUAAGAAGAUGGAAUUUGAAGUGAUUGAUUCAGGCUCAAGACUAGAGGAAAUUGGACUUGAUCCAGACCUACUCGAUGACUUUGAAGCUGUUGGAGUUUUGUAUAAAGAAGUUUGUGGCAAUCACUCGAAGCAGUUAUGGUUCAGCGACCCUGAAGUGGCUAGAAAGAUUGGAAUCAAUGAGAAGAGCACUAUUUGUGAUCCCUUUAAGGUGAGUGGGGUAGGAUAAGAUAUAAUAGAAUAGAGUAAGGUAAGGUAAAAUAAGGUAAGGUAAGGAAGGUAAGGUAAAAUAAAAUACGGUAAGGUAUAAUUUUACUUUGUUUACGACAGUGCAGUAGAGGUUGGGCUACAGUAAUACUAUGAGGAAGUUGGUGUAGGGCAUGAGUUUUUAGAGAUGAAUAAGGACCGCGGUACGGUUGAUGAGGUUUAGGGUAUGAUAAUUUUAGGAUAGAGAUGGAUUAAGAAAGGGCUGGGGUACUAUAUAAAUAGGUGCAAUAUAAUGUUCAGAACGGUAGCUUUGAGUACGGUAUUGUUUUGAUUACGAUAGGUUUUGGAUACGAAUGGCUUUGAGUGUAUGUAUAGAUACUGUAUGGUUGAAAAGACAUACAUUACGGUAGAACUAAGGUAAGGCAAGGCUAGAGUUGGGUAGGAUAGGGCAGGGCAUGAUAGGGUAGGCUAAUGUAAGGCAGGGCAAUGUAAGGUAGGGUAGAGUAGGGCAGGAUAGGUUAGGGUUGGGUAGGGUAAAGUAGGGUAGGGUAGUACAGGGCAGGGCAGCUCACUUAUAAAAAUGUUUUUUAGGAAGAACUUCAUCCAAACGCAGAAACAUUAACAAGCUUGGCAGUGCAAUUGAAUGAAGUUAUUACAAAUUAUACUAAGAACAUCACUACUGUAGUAUUGGACUCAGAUUUGGAAACUAUUACAGUUGAGCCAACUUUAGACAAGACUACGGCUACAUACGACGGAGAUGUGUUACAGGUGUUUAAAGAACAGGUAGGUGGUAAAAAUGGCAAGAACUUUCUUUACAAACUUAAAAAUAUAUAUUUUAAUUUCCAGCCUCAGAAGUACCUAAAGCAACGUGUAGUACUAAGACGUCAUGUACGAUCUACUGAUACCGUGGUAAUCGAACAAACAGAGGAAGUAAGUACAGCAGCAUCAAAACCAAAUGAAGAAAGUCCGGAUCAAGAUUGGCUGGAAGAUAUUGCAAUUGAUGGUAAAGAAAUUGUUACAGUAGCUAAACAAAGCAGUGAGAAUUCUUCGAUCGAAGAAGCUUGGAUUCAGAUCGAUGCUACGGAUGAGACUAAGUAAAGGACUGCUCUAUUUUGCUAUAUCCUACUCUACUCUAGCCUAGACUAAGCCUCAAAGCAUUCUUAACAAAUGUUUGUUUCAGUCCACUGAUGUACAUCUUGUCGACAGACGCGGCCGAAGCUUUGGGUUUAAAAAUAGAUCCUCAUAGUUUCAAUCGGUAUGAGAAGGUGGUCUUGCAUUUGCCUGGAAUCUGCGCGGAUUAUGUUCCAACGGCUGUGGAUUCGUUCAAUGCUAGCGAUUUUGAAGGUAUUAAAAUUUUUUUAUUUUUAAAUACCUUAUCGUAUUUUACAAUGACUAUAAUUGUUUUUUAGGCAUCGAAAUUGAAGGCCCAAUUGGAGUGAAUAUUACUGCAUUAGAAUUGGCAGGGGUGAAUCUGACAGAAUUGGCCGAAAAAUUAAGAAAUGACACGGAAGUUGAUGAAGUUUUGAGCCGAACUUAUAAAACACGGUACGUCUUUCUACUUUGUUUAAAUAUUCUAUGUGUUAAGUGUAAGAGUGGUAAAAUAAUUAAAGCUUUUAUGAAGACCGGGCAGGAUAGGGUAAUGUGGGGCAGGGUAUAUUACGUAUAUAAGAAUAAAUUAAGGUAGGGUUGUUUAAGGUAUAGUAAAGUAGGACAGGGUACGGUGUGAUACGGUAGAGCAGGAUAGGGUGCACCAGGGUUAUAUAAAAUAGGGUAGGAUAUGGUAAGGUAAGGUACGUUAGAGUAGGGUAUUGUAGGAUAGCAUACGAUACUGUAGGGUUAAGCUACAGUACGUUAAAAAAAUUUUAAACUUAAAAGAAUUACAGAACACUCGGAGGAAGUUACAUUUUGCCAGUGCUUCAGAAGAACCAGUACGAUGCUUUUUCAGCCCCUAUUGUGUUUCAAGGUUCAGCCGUUGUUGUAAGAUUCGGAAUUUACAUUGAGUCUAUGAGCAAUUUUCAGACUUCUACGAUGGUAAGUCUUCUGUUAUUUUGAAAUCUAUUUUUUAUAAAUUUAAAACCCGUAAGCAUGUAAUUGUAUCCUAAUUAUAGCUUCAUUUUAAACAUAAUCUCUUUUCUUUAAUGCAUGUUAUUCACGCGUAUUUAUUAAUAACCAUGAUAACAGAACUAUCUAUCUCAUGCCUUUUACGGGUGCGCAGGGAUGGCCGAGUGGUUAAGGCGGUGGACUUAAGUUCCCCUGGGCGUCAGCCCGCGUGGGUUCGAACCCCACUCCCUGCAACUCGUUUUUGAAAUUUGAAAUUUUAGGAAAGUUAAAUAGGGGUUAGGGCUUAGGCUAGGACUUAAAAAGUAAAAAUUUUAAUUUAAAAUUUUUUUCAAGGAUUACGACAUGGAUAUAUACCUGAUAAUGUCCUGGCGAGAUGCACGUCUAGUCAACCCUUAUGACAAGCCCAUAUUGGUGAAAGAGGAGGACAUUUUGGAGAAGAUCUGGAGGCCAGACCCGUUCUUUGCCAAUGCCAAAGAAGCCGAGUUUCAUGAAGUGACAUUCUUAAACUUCUUGAUGAGAAUCUUCAGUGAUGGCAUCGUUCUUUAUGAAACUAGGUAACUUUACCGUUUCCUACUUUACCCAACCUUACCCUACACUAUCCUAGCUUACCCUAUCCUGCCCUACCCUACCCUACUUUAUCCAACCUUACCGUACACUAUCCUAGCUUAUCCUAUCCUACCCUACCCUACCCUAGCCUACCUUAUCCUACACUAUCCUAGCUUACCCUACCCUACCCCACCAUACCAUACUCUAAUCUACCAUACCAUACUCUAAUCUACCCUACCAUACUCUACUUUACUGUACCCUACCUUCUCCUACCGUACUUUACGCUACUGUACGCUAACUUAUUCUGUCCGACCCUACAUUACCCUGCCUUCUCCUGUCUUGCCUUACCGUAUCGUUUCCUUCUUUGCUCUACUCUUAACUUUCUCUUUCCGGCUCUACUGUAUUCUAUCUUAUCAUACAAUGGUCCGCUCUAUCCUACUUUGCUAUACCAUGACAUAACCUGUCUAGUCCGGCCUUGGCGUGCUUUGUUUUACUAUGUCCUACCCUAAAAUACUUUAUUUUGCUCUACCUUACUAUAUAUUAUUCUACCCUUCCGUUCUCUUUUUCACCAUACUCUUACUCAGCGCUGUUCAACCCCACCCAGCUCUAGUGUAGCCUUGCUCUUACCGUACUUCCUGUAGCGUAGGGUGUAGGGUAAGGCCUUUAAUUGUGGUUCUAUGUACACCAAUUGUAGUUACAUUUAUUCUUUUCCUUAUAGUCAACUAGGGACAUACAGCAUUAGUUUUAAUAUAUUUAUUUUAGGAUCAAAUUGAAGCCGGCUUGUAACCUGGUUCUUUGUAAAUAUCCUCACGACAAACAAACUUGUGAAUUAUUGAUCAAAUCAUGUAAGUUUUGGCAGUAUUCUUCUUUUUUCAAUUUUAUUUAAUCAUAUUUUACAUUUUUUAUAGAGCGACAUUUUAUACGAUAAAACAUGUUUUUCUUUUAAAUUUCAAAUUUUUUCAAAAAAUUGUUUAAUUAAAAAUUUCAAAACCGCCAUUUUCAGUUGCAUACCCAGUAGAAACAGUGCGAUUUGAAUGGUUUACAAACAAAAUCGAUGCCAUUGAUAAGAACCCAGAUGUAAAACUACCAGAGCUCUACAUCGACCGGUAUGAGCCUACAGUAUGCAACAAAUCUCGAAAGUCGGGCGAAUUCUCCUGCCUCAGGGCAUUGUUCCGCCUCAAGCGAGACGUCGGCUUCCAUGUGGCACAAACUUAUAUACCAACCUCGUUGGCAUUGAUGUUCUCAUGGGUAGGGGUGUGGCUUCCAGAAGAGUUCAUGGAAGGUCGGAUUGGUGUCGCCAUUACAGUACUACUGACGUUGAGUACGGAGUCUGCUGGUGCUAGAGAGCAUCUGCCCAGCGUCUCUUAUAUGAAGGCUAUCGAUCUGUGGUUUGGGUAUAUUACUGGUAGGUGGGGUGAGGUUGGGUAUGUGGGGUAGUAAUGGUAAGGGUUGAGUAUGAUAAGGCUAAGGUAUGGUUUGGUAGAGCAGGGUAGGGUAAGGCAAAUCAUGUGGCAGAACAGGAAGCAAUAGGGUGAAUUUUGUUGGGGUAGGGUAGUAUGGUAAUGUAAGUUAUUUUAUGGUAGGGGACGGUAUUGUAGGAUAGCGCAAGGCAAGGUAGGGUAGGGUAAGAGGACAAAAUGGCAAAAACUUUCUUUACAAGACAAAAAAUGGCAAGAACUUUCUUUACAAGACAAAAAAUGGCAAGAACUUUCUUUACAAAACAACAAAUGGCAAAAACUUUCUUUACAAAGCAAAAAACGGCAAGAACUUUCUUUACAAAGAAAAAAACGGCAAGAACUUUCUUUACAAGCUAAAAUACGGAAAACACACUAAAAUUUUAAAAAACAUUUUACUUAAAACCGAAAAUAUUGUAAAUUGUUAUCUAAAAACCAAAAAAUUCUAGGUUUCGUCUUCUUCACCCUGCUUCAAACACUUUUUGUCAUUGGCUUUGACAAGCGAGCUAAUCAGCUGCGCAAGUCAGCCAAUAAGAAGAGAACAGACCUAACUCAAGAGUACAAAGAUGCACUGGUACACAAGGCUGAACGGUACCAUAAAACUGGGAGGUAAAAUACGUCUCAGCUUUUUUACUUUUCUUUAACUAUACCUAUACAUUUUACAUUGUCAGUUCAUUUUAUUAGGUGCCGACAUAAAGAGCCCGCCGUACUUUCCCGUAAUUUCUUGUAAAGAAUGGCGGGUUCCUUAUGUCGGCACCUACUGUACUUAUACCUUUUACAUUGUAAGUUCAGUAUACUCAAGCUUCUGUAUAUGUUUAGGUACCUAGACAACUUUUGUCGCAUCUUCUACCCACUGACCUUCUUAUUGUUCCUGAUCAUGUACUACUUUGUGUUCACGGAAGGCCGACAAGACGACUGUAUAUCACAACGAUAA